AUGCACGUCCGAACACUGCUUAGCAGCGUCGCGCUCGGCUUAUCCAUCAGCACCACCUCAGCCCUCGCUGCGACCAGCAACGCUACACCCAAGGUCGAAGCGCUCGACGGCACCUCCACAACGAAGCCCACGACGUCUGCGGGCACGUACGACGCAGCCUCGGGCUCGCUCACGCACGCACCGCAGUCGGACGGGCGACACGAGAUCCGCUUCACGCUGCUCGGCUGCCCCGCGCCCGUGCGCCCCAAGAUCUCUGGCACGUCCGGCAGCCAGGGCCAGUAUACGCCCUCGCCACCCGGCAGUAUCAUUGUCCCGUCCGACUUUAUCGGCUCUGUCUUCCUCACGGGCGAGGGAUGCGGCAAGUACGGCGACGCGUGCCAGUCGGUCGAACUGACGUUCGAGCCGAAUGCGAAUAAGACAGUGAGGAGCUACAUCAACUUUGACGCCAUGUACGGAAAGAAGUUCUUGUUCCCUGUCAAGGCGAGGUUUGAUGAUAACAGCGAUCGGAGCGAGGCGAGCAGCAUCGAUUGCGCGAGCUACGACUGCAUCGAUGGCAGCAGGGAUCCGGAUGACUUUAUCUCGAACAGGAUCUACUCGUCGACGAGAGGUGUGGGCGUAGAUAUCGUGUACGACUGCAGGGCAAACACGACUUCGACUGCUCAGUAG